GACGCCGCCAGAUCUUGAAGAUUCUUGUAUAGAAAUGAAAACAUGUGUACAGUUUCCUACAAAUUCACCAGUUCAGAAUAAAUUGCGCUGAUCAAACAUUUAUCGUGCAGUGCAGUUUACACAUUUACCAAGCCAAGCUCUUCUUCAAACGGCAUUUCAAGUUACUUCAAGUAGAAUUUUAGCACAGAGCAGAGGUCGUUUGAAAAGCGGUUCUGAACGGUUCCUUUUACAAAUCUGCCUUCGGAGGCAGGAUCAAAAGCAGUGAAGUUAAGAAACGUUACGUAUAACAAAAAAUGUCUCGCGCAAUAGGGAAAGCCCAUAUGAUUGUACUGGACGUAGGUCGCAGCUGUGCGAUUGCUACCGGAAGGGAUAAGCAAUCGUUCUUCGACAAAGCAAAAACCUGUGCCUCCCUCAUCGUGCAGCGCUUGAUUUUUAGCGCACCAAACGAUCAUGUCGGCAUAGUUCUGUUUGGAACAGACGAGACAAACAAUCAACUGAACGUGGAUUCUGGAGGGUACGAAAAUAUCACCGAAGCUUUUGAGCUGAAACCACCCAACUGGCAAACGCUAAGAAUUUUGCAAAACCAGGUGGUUCAAACGGAAUCGGAAGCAGGCUGGUUCGAUGCACUGAUCGUUGCCACCAAUUUUCUGCGUAACGGUGCAUUGGGCAAAAAGUUUACCGGAUACAGUAUCAUCCUCCUUUCCCCGCUGUUCGUGGCUGGCGAUAUCGAUCAGGGUCAGCUAGAGUCUGUGGCGGAUGGAAUAAGCAAUAUGUUGGGUGUACUGCACGUCAUCACAAAUUACGUACUCCAUCCAGCGGCAUCCGUCGCCUCGAUCUUCACCACAACGGGUACCUUCGAUGAGCAGGCAAGCAAAACCGAAGCACGGACCGAAAACGAGCGCUACGUAAGACAAAUAUUGGAUGCUACGGAUGGCACACUGGCCAACAUAAACUGGGCCGAGCGGAUGUUGACAUUCUUCGAUGCAAAAGCAGUCCGACCGACGCCCUGGAACUCCACACUGACCAUUGGCACGAAGGUAAAGCUGUCCAUUUCGGCCUAUUACAUUGUCUGUGAACAGAAGGGGCUGGGCUCCUUCAAGGUGGAUAGCGUCGACGAUGCUGCCUCGCGGGUGGAAAUGAGAACGCAAUACUUUUUGAACGACAAACCGGCCGAAAUUUCCAUGCAGGACAUCAUUAUGGGCUACAUGUAUGGGUCUACGGUCGUGCCGUACGAUAAUACGAUCGAUAUCGAGUACAAGUCGGGCGAUUGCCGUUUAGCUUGUCUGGGAUUUACCGCAUCCAGCAACAUUCUCGAGGAGCAUCUGUCCGGCAAGGGAUCGCACGUGGUAGUCGCAAAGAAGGGAUGCGGCGCUUCGAAUCAAAAGCUUUGCGCCUUGGUCAAGGCAAUGCACGAGCUGAACGUGGUCAUGAUCGCCACCAAGGUGUACCGCAAAGAUACCAAGCCAAGGCUGAACGCACUAAUUCCUACGUACAAACAUGGGAAUCCGUGCCUCGUGAUGCUGGAACUUAUAUUUAAAGAUGAGCUCUGCAGCUUGAAGUUUCCCUCGUGGCUGAAAUCUUCUAAAAACAAGCCUACGAAUGAACAGUACGACGCGAUCGACAAGCUAAUUGACAGCAUGAAUCUGAUGGAUGCGGUCGACGAUUCCAACGGGGAAUGUCGUGAAGCGUUUGCCCUCAACAGCACAUUUAAUCCGACGCUCCAGCACGUGUACCGAACCGUUGCUCACCGUGCACUCAACCCAAAGCAACCGUUGCCUGACGUGAACAGUACAUUGCAAGAAUUGAUCGACGUUCCGAAGAAAGUGGUAGAUCGAUCAAAGGCAGCGCUGGAAGAGGUAAGGAAGGCGUUUGAAUUAAAAGAAAUCAAACAAAAUACGCGUGCCGAGUGGCUGCAACGGAUGGCAAAGAUCAAGGUAGGGACCGAUGCUAGCGGCAGCAGCAGCAGCACAACCAUAGACAGUGGUGUUCUCAUGGACGAGGAGGCCGACGAUGGCAGCGAUGAUGCUAACCGUAGAAUGGUUGUGUCCGUGGGUACAGUAACACCCGCCGAAGACUUUGCGCUUCUUCUGCGGCGGGGUGAAAAGUUUGCCACCGUUGCCACGCAGCUGCAGAACGCAGUGUUUGAGCUGCUGUUCACGUCAAUGCGACCGCCCGGUAGUAAGGUGGUCGCUGCAUUACUGGCUUACCGCAGCGAGGCACAAAAGCUUGGCCCGUACCGGUACAACGAGUGGAUGACCGAGUUUAAGGAAAUGCUCCUAACACGCCAAAAGGCAGACUUCUGGGAGACGGUGAUCGUUGGCGAGAAGCUCGGUUUAAUCGAUUCCCAGGAAAGUGAGAUGAGCACGGUAAGUGUGGAUCAGGCUGCAAACUUUUACAAAACCCCGACACAAAACAAAACGGCAGUGGAAAGCUCGGAUGGAGAUUACAUAGAUCCUGAUUGUUUGUUUGAUGAGUUGAAUGGUUCUUUCUGAGCUAUUAACGACUUUCGACGGCAAUUGGAUACGUGUUCGUGCCUCGGCCAGCGUAGCUGUAAAGGAAUAGAAAUAUAAAGCAUUUUACUAAAAUACAAUAACCUGUGUACGCAAACAACUACUACAAAACACUACGUGAGAUGAUUGCCAUGAGAAUUUCUCCUCCGUCACAUGUUCCCAAUGGUUGCAUCGUAUUUGUCGUGUCAAUUUCUUCAAGUGCAGCCAAUGUUCAGAGUGCGUAAAUGCAUUUAUCAAACCGUUCAAAUAAGCGAACAUUACUAUUAUCUACGAGAUGCUCAACAAAAAGUCAAGUUUGCAUCGGUCCAACGCCGGAAGUUUGUGCGACAUCUCGUAAUUUACCACCAAGAAUACG